CGUGUCGUGUGUAGCACACUGUGUGACCGCGCGUUCGUGGCUCGGAUGUGCCGCAAACUGCAUGGGGCGGAACGUAGUGCAUGCGUUUCGUAGCCGCGCGAAGAGGAACGAGGCUGGCGAGCGGUGCGAGCCGACGGUGGCCGACGCGGGGACACGCACCGAAGAAGCCUCCGUUGCGUAACGGACCGACCGACGCGUCGGAGCGGGAGGAGGGCAGGAGAGAGAGAGAGAGAGAGAGAAAAAAAGAAGAGUAUGCUCGUCGAGGCGGCCGAACGGCCGCUUUAUCUGUGAUUCACGCGAUAGCACGGAGCGCUCCGCGGGCGUGCGAUACGCGACGCAAUAGGAUCGCAGACCGCGGGGACGAUCGGCCUGGCCUAGCUCCCGCGAGCGCAAAGUGCAAAGACUCGGUCGCGCAGCACGAUCUUGGCUGAACGUCCCCGCGCGGGAUGGUGCAUCGCCGCGGAGGUUCCGCGGGAUUCACGUCCGAGAUAUAAGCUGUACAAGUCAAGGAUACAAGUCGAGGUCGAUUGACCGCGCACCGUCUGAAUCAUGUUGCAAAACGUGAACAAGGAGCUAGCCCCUAUAAAGUCACAUUAUUUUCUUUACAAUGCUGCGACGGCGCCGAUGGUGCAGUUUCUGCCGACGAUCGGAAAGCAAUUGGGCUUCUCCGCGACGAUCGUCGGCACGAUAUAUACAGUAUUACCAAUUUCUGGCCUGAUCGCGAAGCCGCUGUUCGGCACCCUGGCCGACAAGUUCAGAUUGCACAAAACCUUCUUCUUGAUAUUCGAAGCUCUAUUGACAAUAGCGUUUUUCUCUAUUUAUUUCAUUCCCGAAUUAGACAGGAGUGCAAACGUCACUCUUAUCUGCGACAAAGAUUUGCCGUACCUGGAGAUUUGUCCGCAGACGGAGUUCUCGAAGGAGGCGUUAAGCGCCGUAUUGUUAGAGAAUAUCCACGUUGACACAGUCUGCCAGCUGUCUUGCAAAGGAAUAUCUCACGGUUUCCUGGAACUGUCUGGCAAAAACGUAUCUGCGAACAGCACGUUCGAGUUUGGUGCGAUCUUCGACAUGUAUCAAGAUUUGCUUACGAAGAAGUGCGUGGACGUGAAGCUGCGCACGUUUCUCGACGGCACUGCACACGUGCCGGUAUGCGGGGGCCAGCUGAGGGCUUGGUGCACGGCGACCUGCCACAAUAACAGCAUGUUCAAUCAUCUUCUGCGGGAGGCCAAGGAUUCGCAAAGUGACACGAGACAUUUUACGUAUCAGUUCCAUUUAUUCCUAUGGGCGGCCAUCGUCAGCUGGAUUGGAAUGGCCGUUGUAGUCAGCAUAGCCGAUGCCAUUUGCUUCGAUCUCCUUGGUAACGAAAGGCGGAAAGAUUACGGAAAGCAAAGGAUGUGGGGCAGCAUUGGUUUUGGUAUUUUUGGUGUAAGCGCAGGUUACCUGAUAGAUCUCUCCAGCAAGGGACAAUACGAGAAAGAUUACACUUGCAUAUUUUACAUUAUGCUGGUGGCCAUGAUCGCCGACAUCGUGGUGUCUGCAACAUUGAAAAAGAAAGAUCCAGAUUGCUCUGCGAACGAGCCGUCGCUAUUUCGGGAGCUCUUAAGCGUUAUCCGAGAAGGGAGAGUAUUGGUGUUUGCCUGGUGGUGCAUAGGCGCCGGGAUGUGUACGGGCGUCAUUUGGAACUUCCUGUUCUGGUACAGCGAGGACCUAGCGGGCCCUCAUGUCACAUGGACUAAAACUCUGCAGGGUCUGAUGACCGGUGUUCAGUGUUUCCUAGGAGAAUUACCCUUCAACUUUAUAUCGGGCACCGUGCUGAAGAAACUCGGCCACGUUAACGUUAUGAGUCUCGUGUUGCUCGUCUAUGCAAUUAGAUUUAUGGCAUACAGCAUUAUAUCGAACGCCUGGCUAUUCUUAUUUCUUGAGCUGCUCCACGGACCGUCCUUUGGUCUGUGUUGGCCGACGAUGGUAUCCUAUGGCGAUAAGGUGACACCGUCCGGCACGAAAGCCACUAUGCAAGGAUUCAUCGGUGCUGUUUUCGAAGGAAUUGGAGUGGCAAGUGGUAGCUUCAUAUGCGGUUGGCUAUUAGACUCUUACGGAGGUGUUGCGGCAUUGAGAACAUUUUCAGUGGGUGCUCUUUUGUGGCUAGCCGCCUUUUGGUUGAUGGAGCUCUUACUGAAGAAAUUGAAAGCCUACCCGCUAUAUCGAGGCCAUAAUCAUCUAGCGAAUUAUGCCAAUCCAGAUGAUGCUAUUCUUAUGACGAUAAGUCAAGAAUUACAAACUUAUUAGUAGGACAAUUUUAUAAUACAUGAUUUUAUAAUUUUA